GCGUGCUCGUUGCCUUCGCCACAGAUGCACGCCAGCGAUUUUGUGCAUGGGUCGCAACCAUCUUCGAUUGUGUCCAUUACCUGCAGCAGCAACAUCACCACUGGAGGUAGCAGCAAAGACAAGAGUGGUUGUUUGGUAUUGCCGGAUACGGUGGGUCAAGAUGCGCACUGCGCCAUCGCGCACAUUUCAAAUACAGACAAAUGUGGCUUUACACGUGCAAAUAAUUCCGAUUUAUCCAAGCACAGUAGCAGUCCAGAAUCCGAUAUCUCAGCCAGCAGCAGCAGCAGCAGUCGUCCGAUAUCCACAAUAAUGAUGGUUGCAGCUACCGCCGAAAACUCCCACCCGAUACUCAACACGCACGGGCGGCAGGCAUCCGCAGAGUCCAACUGGUUCAAGCGACAAACCAUGCGCUCCAAUACCAACGCCUCGCUCACCUCCUUUUUAUCGCAAAGAGACGAAAGACACUCGCAAUAUCCGGAACAACCACUGCCACAUAUGACUGAGCACCACGAAAAGCUAAUGCUGCGCGCCCAAGAGCAGCGCGACGAGGCCAUGGCCGAGGCCAACCAGCUCCAGAUACAACUGGAUUACCUGCGACAGAGCAGCAAUGCCGAGAUCCAGAGACUGCAGGCGGAGGUGGACGCUGCCAUGCGCAAUCUCCGCGUCGAGUACAAUUUGCGCACGGCGGCCGAAACCAAGUGCUCAUUGAUGGAGUGUGAGCUGGCAGAGUUGAGCUCAAAUAUCCAAUAUGAGGCGCAAAACCUUGUUGCGCAGGAGCGCCGCGAGCAUAGGGAUGAGCUGGAUAGGAUGGCCAAGAGACACGCGGAGAUUGAUCAGCUGCUGGUUAUGGAACGGUCGCAGGUGGGCGCGCUGAAACAGAGCCUGGAGUCCACAACGGUGGCUUUGGAUCGCGAACGCAUGGAGACUGAGCGGAUGCGCAGUGGAAUGCAGGCUUUUGAGCGACAAACCACGCCUUAUGCGACUGCCUCUGCUUCUACCGCUGGUGCUGGUGCUGCCAAUGGAUCUUCCGCGUCUGGGUCUGGGUCUGCAGCGUCUGGAGAGUGUGAAAACAUGGCGGGCGAGCCGCAUAUCUCUGGGCUGAUGUAUUUCGGCAACGACGCUUCGAGGACAGAUAUCAGGCUGACUGAAUUUCUGGACUUUUUAAAUGUCGUUUCGGAAAAGGAAGUGCAAGGCAGUACUUUUAUGCAGAGAUGUAUGCGUGAGGAUAUUGGCCCGACUCUGAUGGCCGACGUGGCCUCCGGUCUGCCGUCGCUGUCGUCCUGGCACCGGCACCGUCGGCUGCUCCACGGGGUGCAAGAGAACACCCUGGUGCUAGAGUCGUUUUCGCCGCGCACAAGCAUGGGCCGCGUGCUUUCCCUGGGCUGCUACCUCUGCGGGUGCUCGAUUAACCGGCCGCUGACGCCCAAGCCAGGGUCGCUGUCUGACCACCGGCUGUCCUUGUCGAGCGGCGACACGGUGGGCAGAAAUGUGCGCUGCGAGAUGUACAGGAUGCGGUUCAGUGAUAACGACGAGGACAACAAGCCUUUGUGCCACCAUUGCCAUGGCCGCAUGGUCGCUGUUUGCAGCUUCUUCUCAUACUUGAAGAUUGUGCGCAAGGGGCUGAUCAAGAGGCCUAUUGCGGACAUCUGGCUUGAGGUUAAUAGGAAUAGACUGCAGAUGUGGCUGGCUCGCUCGGGCGCUUCGCCUGAAAGCAAGCUGGCCAUAGCCAUGGCGUAGGGCGUAUUUGGCGGCAUAUCGUCCAUUUCCAUCCAUCCAUCCAUCCAUCCAUCUUUCCUUCCUUCCUUCCUUCUUACGCGUAUUUUGACAACAUUAAAA